CCUGUUGUCGGUGAAGAGGAAAGAGUACUUCUCUCUUUCUCUCUGUUUCUCUCCGUAGAAAGCAAACCACGAUCUCAUUCUUCUUCCUGUUCCUCUUGUUCGAUCAGCUCCGAUCUUCAACCCAUUGUUCAGAUCCAACUCUUCAAAUCCAUUCUCAUCCUUUCUUGAUUCAAAUCACUGCUCUUUUCUACUAUAUUGCCUUGUUAAGCCCCAAAUCCUGUUGCAUUUCAAUAAUAAAAUAGUAAAAUAUUAUUGCUUCUGCAACUUGCUCUGGUUAUUGAAAAUUUCAUCUGGGUUUGACUUAGAUCUUGAAUUUUCACAUUCUUUGUUGGUGAAAUCAAAUGGGGGAGCGUUCCAAGUCGAAAGGACUAUGCGGGUGGUUCCUUGUCUUAGUUUUGGUGGCUUGCAUUGUGGUUGCAGUUGUUCUUACUGUGAAAAAGAAGACUAGCAAACACUCUUCGCCUCACUUGGGUCCUGUUCCUGGGCCUCCUGGUGCUGUUGAUAAGCAAUACGGCAAUGCUCUCAACCUUGCAAUGCGGUUCUUUGAUGUACAAAAAUCUGGUAAGUUGGUAAAUAAUAACAUAUCUUGGAGAGGGGAUUCGGCAGUUGAUGAUGGCAGUGACGCAAAGUUGGAUCUUUCAAAAGGAAUGUAUGAUGCAGGAGAUCAUAUGAAGUUUGGAUUUCCAAUGGCUUUUACUGCCACAGUGUUGUCAUGGGCAAUCCUCGAAUAUGGGGAUCAGAUGCAAACGGUUAAUGAGUUAAAACCUGCUCAAGCCUCGCUUAAGUGGAUCACGGACUACCUUAUUAAUGCUCAUGCUUCGGACAAUGUGCUUUAUAUUCAGGUAGGUGAUCCAGAUAUAGACCAUAAAUGUUGGGAUAGGCCUGAGGUCAUGACUGAGAAAAGGCCUCUCACACAGGUGAACACUUCUUCCCCUGGAACAGAUGUUGCUGCUGAAACUGCAGCAGCUAUGGCAUCGGCAUCCCUGGUUUUUAAGUCAAUCGACUCCACAUAUUCAAGCUCACUUCUUAGGCAUGCACAACAGUUGUUUAGUUUUGCCGACAAAUAUAGAGGUUCUUAUAGUAAGAGCAUUCCCCAAGUCCAGAACUAUUACAAUUCAACAGGUUAUGGAGACGAGCUUUUGUGGGCAGCUAGCUGGCUCUAUCAUGCUACAGGGGAUCAAUCGUAUUUUGAUUAUGUGACUGGACCAAAUGGAAAAGCUUUUGCUAAUUGGGGAAAUCCAACCUGGUUUAGUUGGGAUAACAAGCUUGCAGGAACUCAGGUCUUGUUGUCUAGGUUAAGUUUUUUUGAUUCAAAAGUCUCCAACUCAGGAAACCUCCAGAAUUACAGGAAAACGGCCGAGGCUGUUAUGUGUGGGCUCCUGCCAAAAUCUCCAACGGCCACAUUGAGCAGAACAGAAAGUGGUCUGAUAUGGGUCAGUCAAUGGAAUGCUUUGCAGCAUCCUGUGGCUUCUGCAUUCUUAGCUGUAAUUUACAGUGAUUAUAUGCUUACAUCCCGGACUGCAACGCUAUCUUGCAAUGGGGAUUCCUACGGACCGUCAGAUCUUCGGAAAUUUUCUGCUUCACAGGCUGAUUAUGUCUUGGGCAAUAAUCCCAUGAAGAUGAGUUUUCUUGUGGGGUAUGGGGAUAAAUACCCACAAUAUGUACACCAUAGGGGAGCCUCAAUUCCAACUGAUGCAACCACCGGCUGCAGUGAUGGUUGGAAGUGGCUCAACUCAACUGACCCCAAUCCCAAUGUUGCAGUUGGAGCACUCGUGGGUGGGCCCUUUCUCAAUGAGACCUUUGUUGAUUCACGGAACAAUUCAAUGCAAACGGAGCCAAGCUCUUACAACGGUGCCCUUAUAGUUGGCCUCCUCUCUGGUUUGGUCACCACCUCAUCGAUUGUUCAAUCGUUCACCUAAGAGUGCCUGAAUACGUGAUUGAUUGUAUUAUAUGUGUAGUUGUGUGCACCGUCGAUUCUAUUCUAAUUUGCCUUUUUAAGUAUGUGUGCAUUACACAGUGAAUUUUUCGAUUAUAUACCAUUGUGUUUUGUAGGUUUAUUUGUUAGGUGAACCUCAAAUAUAAUUCUUUUGUAGCAGUGACGUGCCAAUUUAUGUUUACUAGAAAAGCUUUUUGUUUGUGCCAA